GUCCUCUUGUUAGCGGCUGCCGGUGACAUCAUGGUGCUGGAGCUGAAGAAGGUGUUUGCUGGGGAACCCGAGGAGGAGGAAGAAGAAGAGGAGGAGGAAGUGGAGCUGGUGGACCCACUGACGGCGGUCAGAGAACACUGUGAGCAGGCAGAGAAGUGUGUGAAUGCGCGGGAGCAGCUGGAGAUAUGCGAGACCCAGGUCAACUCCAGAUCACAAACUGAGGAACAGUGCACAGAGGAGCUGUUUGACUUCCUGCAUGCCCGCGAUCAUUGUGUCGCUCAUAAACUCUUCAAGCACCUGAAGUAAAGGACGUUGGCUGCUGUCUGCUCCUCGUGCUGUUGUCUGCACCCCCCGGAAUGUGCUCUUGCUGUGCUGCUCGCCUGAUACCUGGAGUCCAGGCCCCCAGAGGUGACCAUUGACUGAUCAGGAGAGCCUGUCCUCUUUAUCAAUAAACGUGAUGUGAAAGUGAAAAAAAAA